AUGAACACAGUAGGCUUGGUACUCUUGGGGCUCUCUCUGAGAUUUGGGGCCACCACUGCUAAGCCAGAAGAGGACGGUUUUUGCUCUAAGAACCAGGUGGCCUUCAGAGAUGCUUGCUAUGAAUUUGUGCCACUUGGACGUCCCUUCCAUGGGGCUCAGAGCUGGUGUGAAGGGCAAGGAGGCCAUUUGGUCUUCAUCCAUGAUGAAGACACCCAGCGGUUUCUGCAAAGGCACAUCCCUCAGGACAGGGAAUGGUGGAUUGGACUCACAGGGACCUCGGCACCCAAUGGGACCUCAGGAGGGCCUGGGAUAUGGCUGGACACCUCAAACGUGAGCUACAGCAACUCGGGAGGCCAGGCCACGCCUGCCCCCCAUACCUGUGGCUACAUCGAGAGAGGCCCUUCUUCUGAGUGGGCAGCCUCGGAGGAUUGCAUACAGGCCUUUGCCUCCAUCUGCGAGUUUGGAGUGGGCCAGAGCUUGGCCUGUGAAGGCCUCAAUGCCACCAUGCACUGCGGCUCAGGGGAGGUCAUCCAGGUCCAGGAUGCCUUCUACGGGCGACAGACCCCCCAUUAUUGCACCCAGGGCACCUGGCAUCCCUCAGACCUGGAGGAGGAAUGCAGCUGGGUCAGUGUCAAGGAUGAAGUGGCACGACAGUGCCAGGGGCUGCAGGCAUGCCAGGUGGCAGCAGAUGGAAGCUACUUUGGAGACCUGUGUUCUACUCUGGGCAGCUACCUGUGGGUCCACUACCAGUGCCAGGAAGGCCUGAGGCUGGUGGUGCCCAGUGUAAGUUUUGUCUUUGACAACGUCACCAUCUCUCUGACAUGGCUCCUCUCUCCCUAUGUCGGAAACCUGUCCUGUGUACUCAGCAUGGGAGAUGGCCGCACUCUGGAUCCCUACUACCCUCCCAGUGUGUCCAGCAACGUGACCCACCAGUUCACAUCUCCUGGGGAAUUUACUGUGUUUGCCGAGUGCACAACGAGUGAGUGGCAUGUGACAGCUCAGAGGCAGCUGACACUGCGAGACAAGAUGGAGAGCCUCAGGGUCACUGGGUGUGCUGGCCUGUCCAGGUCCGGGGCCAGCCUUCUCUGCCGGACUGUCUUCGGGGAUCCCCUGUGGAUUCAGGUGGAGCUCGAUGGAGGGAGGACAGGGGUGACUUAUACUGUGCUUUUGGGUAACAUAACUCUGGCUGAGUUUACCUCCCAGAGGGAUUUGCUACCCUACAAUCUGACCCUGGACAAAGAAACCCAGGAGCUGAUGGGCCCUGGGACACACCACCUGGAGAUCCAAGCCGUCAGCAACAGCACCACCUCUGCACCUUCUGGAAAUGUCACCGUCUACUUUGUGGAGUUGUUGUCGGGGCUGGAGGCCUCCUGGGGUUCUGACCAUGUGCAGCUUGGACAGGACCUAUUGAUCAAUGUCUCAGUGGCUAAUGGAACCCUGGAGGAGCUAACCUUUGAGGUGGUGGGACUCAAUGCAAACUUCUCCCAGAAGGAAGAGCGUUUUGGGGAGCCAUCUGGGACUUACCAUGUGACACUUCCUGUUGAGGGUACCUUUCUGGUCACCAUGUUGGUAAAGAAUGCCUUCUCAAACCUGAGCUUGGAGGUUGGAAGCAUCACCGUCACAGCCCCUGCUAGUCUCCAAGAGCCAUCUGGAAUGAGUACUGAAGAAAAGAACAGACACAAAGGGGAUAUAGAGGUGUAUGUCAAGCCUGGUCUAUACGUGGAUCCUUUCACAACAGUUACUCUGGACUGGCCAGGCGAAGACAAGGACUUACGCUUCCACUGGUCAUGUGGGCAUUGCUGGGCCCAGUGGAGUGACUGUGUUGAGAGGCGGCAGCUCCGCACAGACCAGAGGGAGCUGGUGGCCCCACCAUUCUGCCUGCCACCGCCUGACUCUGCUGUCACUCUGCGUUUGUCCAUCCUGAGGGGCCAGGAGCUUGAAAAUGAGACAGAGCAGUCCACCCCUCUGGACCUCAGGCCUAAAGUCAGAUGUGAGAAAAACUGCUGGCCAGUAAAUGCAGAUGAAGACAUUCUGCUUAGGGUCACUUUGGAAGAUGACACCCCAGUGGCCAUGUUCAGCUGGUACUUAGAUGAUUCGUCACCAUACAAGGUCCAGCACGUCCCAGCUGCCUGCAGACUCAUGGGGUUUUGGCCACGCUCUCUGACUCUCCUUCAGAGCAACACCUCCACACUACUGCUGAACAGCAGUACCCUGCAGACCUGGGGUCAGGUAAUCCGGAUUUGGACCACAGCACUGACCAGGCACGCCUAUGGGGAGGACACCUAUGUGAUCAGCUCUCUGCCUCCCCUCGAGAUGCCCACUUGUGUGAUUGUCCCAGAGGAGGCCACCAUACUGACAAGCUUCGCCAUUCUCUGUAAUGUCUCCAUGACCCUGCACCCCCUGGAGUACUGCUUCUGUCUGGAAUCAGGUUCCUGCCUACACUGUGGCCCUGAGCCAGCCCUCCCAUCUGUUUACCUACCACUUGGAAAAGACAAUGACUAUGUGCUUACAGUGGUCAUUUCUGUCACUAAUCAGGCAGGAGACAGACAGCAGACCAAUGCAAAGGUUAAGGUGGGACUUGGUGACACAGGUGUGAAGAAUGGGGCAAUCCAGGCUGCUAUGUUGGAAAGAAUCGCUGUUGCUCUGCAAGGCGAGCAUAGCCCUGAGCCUCUCCAACUGGCCAAGUCUGUGUCUUCUGUGCUGAACUUGGAGGACCACCAGAACUCCGAACAGCUGCUGGGAAUGGACAUGAGAUGGAAGGUCAGAGAGUGUGUGCUGGGGUCACUGUCCAUGAUCACUGCCAGCCUGGAGGAUAUGCAGAGGGUGCAGGGGCUAGCCGAAGUACUGAGAGAGGUGACCCACUUCAGUGAGGAGCUCACACCCUCAGCCCAGUGGGAAGCCAGCCAGGCUCUGUGGCAGGCCAGUGAAGCCCUCUUGACUGCAAGUGCCAAGACCCAUCCUGAGGACCAGAAGCACCAAGCAGCUACCAGGGACUUGUUUUGGGCUGUGAGCAGUGUACUGGAAGCUUCCCUGAGCCAUGGACCAGAAGAGGCUGUGGAGACCAAUAGCAGCCAGGCUGCCACAGUGGCCCAGCUGCGGGUUGUGGAGCAUGUGCAGACUGCCCUCCUGCUUGGGACACUACCCAGGGCCUUCCAGUCACCCUGGCCACCCUGCCAUCUGUGUACAAAAAGAAUACAGCCGCAGACGUGGCGAGGCUCCUCUGUGCACAUUGCCACUACCAACUCUGUGACCUUCACGCUGCCUGCCACCAUGUCCCUCUGCCCUAUGGAGGAUGGCCGGGAGCCUGUGGACAUAAGGGUAACAACAUCUUCAAAGAGCCCCUUUCCAGUCCAGAGUCGCUUUGAUGUCAGUGGGACCAUUGGUGGCCUUGUUCUGACCAGCCCUAGUGGACAGCCCAUCCCUGUGAAGAACCUGUCUGAGAAUAUUGAGAUCCUGCUGCCCCGUCAUUUGGAAGGACACAGCGAGCCGACUGUCAUGAGCCUGGCCACACCUGAAACACUAUGGGUGAACGUGACCACAGGGGAGUGGCUCUUGGGCCAGCUACACUGGAGACCUGACGUCCCACUCACACUCAGCCUGGGCUAUGGCUACCGCCCCAAUGGGACCAGUUAUGAUGCCCACAACUGCUACCAGCCACUGCUCCAGCCAUCCACAUGGAUCCUGGGCCCUGACGACUUGCCUUUUGGAGAGGGUAUCUAUUAGACUGUGGUUCCUGAGUCCAACCUGGAGCCAACCUCUGGCAGGGACCUCAGUGGCAUCACCACCUUCCUGUCCCAUUGCGUGCUCUGGGAUGAGAUCCAGGAGACUUGGGACAACUCUGGGUGCCAGGUGGGGCCUCAGACCACCGCCUCCCAGACACACUGCUUGUAACACCUCACCUUCUUUGGAAGCACAUUCCUGGUGAUGCCCAAUGCUGUUGACGUCCGUCAGACUGCUGAAUUCUUUGCCACCUUCGAGGACAACCCUGUGGUUGUGACCACUGUGGGCUGCCUCUGUGUGGUCUAUGUGUUGGUGGUGAUCUGGCAAGGAAGGAAGGAUGCAAAGAAUCAGGCCAAGGUGAAGUUGAAUGGCCUCUGGGAAUGGGAGGGAAAAGCAAGGGGCAUCCUCAUGCAAGGGCUCUGGGGACAGAGCCCAGGCGG